AUGCGCGCAUGCGUAAAUGUGCCGAAACAGAGGCGCACUUUCUGUAAAAAGUGUAAAGUACAUAAACCACACAAAGUAACACAAUAUAAAAAAAGUAAAGAACGUCAUGCAUCCCAAGGUAGAAGACGUUAUGAUCGUAAACAACAAGGUUUUGGUGGGCAAACUAAACCCAUUUUCAGAAAAAAAGCAAAAACUACAAAAAAGAUUGUAUUAAGAAUGGAAUGUACAGAAUGCAAAUAUAGAAAACAAAUUCCUCUUAAAAGAUGUAAACAUUUUGAAUUAGGAGGUGAUAAAAAACGAAAGGGACAAAUGAUUCAGUUUUAAGAUGAAAUUAUAUAUAUAAACUUGCUAAAUGUAUUUAAUAAAAUAUGAAAUAAAUCUUCUGAAUAUUUGUAUUUA